UGAGCAUUCACUCAACGUCACGAUGCCAGCCCGCCCUAUGACAUGAAACUUUGUUAUGUCUUCAUUGCACAAUCCUCUAAAAGAAAACAUUACGCCGCCCUCAAGCUUCAUAAGUACGCCUUUGACACCUCCACCAACGCACGACAAAGCCUUCACGCAGGCUCCCCGAAUCGUCGCGCUUUUCAAGGAUAUCCAAGCUGGAAGACACGUGAAGCAACACCCGUGGACUGAAUUUCAGCUCGCGAAAGGGGAGUAUGACGAGUUAGAGCACCGGCUUGGGCGGGACGAGUCGCUGUUUGGAUUCGUCAAGGACAAAAUCCGAUAUGAUUACGACGCACGGCGUUAUCGACUUGUCGUACGCAUGCCGUCUGGCAUACAUGAAUCGUUCCUCGCUCGUGUUGAAGAUGCGAUCUACAGCCAGCUGAAACUGAUUCGUGAGGGAUCGAACAGCGCUGCAAUUUUUGCACAUAAGGUGCACCCAGCUCGUUCUACUGAAAUUCGUUUUCCAGUCGACGAUGCACCGCCUAAUACGGAGUCGAAACAUGAGCCGGAUUCCUCUUUCUGGCACGACGACGCACAAUUCCCUGGUGUAAUAAUUGAAGUGGCAUAUUCGCAGAAGAGGAAAGAUUUGGGCCGGUUAGCUGAAGAAUAUCUUCUAGAUUCGGACGCUAGCGUACAAGUUGUUGUCGGGCUGGAUAUUGAAUACGGAAAAGGCUCACGCAAAGCGACGUUGUCGACGUGGCGAACCAACCUGUUUCAUACUGCUGAUGGAGAUGAGUUACGGGUAGUUGAAGAAGUUGUAGAUGAGAUCUUCCGUGACGAUCAAGGAAACCCCACUGACCACCCAGGGCUGCGGCUCCGCCUUAGCGAUUUCGCUUACGAAGAACUGGCACAUAAUGAGAUUAGGGAGCAGGAUCAAGAAUUAAUUGUUUCUGCUCAACAACUUUGCCAAUACCUUACUGCGGCGGAGAGCAAGGUACAACAGGCGGGGUCACUUGGCAAGCAUUCGAUUGCCCCUGGAGUCAAGAAGAGGAAGAGGUCAGAAACGCCCCCAGAAGAGAUUACUUCAGGUGAUGAAGCAAGAUAUAUCAAGCAAGAGGAGAGAGCCGCGAAGCGGAUGGCGGACGAAGAUCCCGACUUCGAGGAUACGUCAAGCAAAAGUCUGUCAGAGUAAAGUAGAUAUUUUUUGAUCGUGGCUUGUGAUCGCCUUUGACAAAUUUCUCCUCCGUCUCCUAGAGUCGCGGAGUCUAGAAUGGGGUAAAAGUGGGAGUAACACAAUUUCACUAUUGUUGUCUGUGCUAUAGAGUGGGAGGUUGCGAGGCGAUCUACGCCCGCCACAAGUCUAUCUCAACCUCUUCCUCCUCCACACCAAAAUAACUUCAAC